AUGGUAUCCACCCGUUCUAAGCGUCGUCCGCAGGUAAGUUAUCGGGAAAAGGAAGAAUCCGACUUGAAAGCGGAUGUAUGGGAGUCUGAUUCCUCGUCUAAUUCGGUUAGCGAGCCAGUGUGGCUCGAAGACAAAUCUCUAAGUGACAGUCAGGAAGAAGUUAACUUAAGUUCUGAUGAGGGAGAGGAUGACGGUGAACUUAACGAUCUGAUUGAUGCCAAUGUUGCUAAACUGCGGGGAUCGAAAGAAAAGGCCAAAGCCAGCGAAGACGAAAACGUCGACGACACUACCAUUUCGCUAAAGCUCAGCAAACUGCAGGAGUUCGUACAACAAAGUCAGGUAUACUCAAGGAUCAUUGCAGAAACUCUCUUGAACAAGACACAGGAUAACCAAGCUGAGGCGACUGAUGAAGCCCCAGCUAAGAAGCGCAGAAAGAUUACAGAUUUUUUCGGCAAGAGGAGCACUGGAGGAUCGCAAAACGGCCAACAGCAGCUAGCUCACCAGCAGCCCUCGCUACUGCAUAAUUGCCAAUUGAAGCCUUACCAAUUAGAAGGUGUAAACUGGCUGAUAACGCUUUAUGAGAAUGGACUUAACGGCAUUCUUGCAGAUGAGAUGGGAUUAGGCAAAACGCUCCAAAGCAUUGCGCUUCUUGCAUUCAUCACUGAAAUGGAUACAAAAGGUCCAUUUCUGAUAGCCGCACCUCUAAGCACAGUGGAUAACUGGCUGGGGGAGUUUGCCAAAUUUGCACCAGACAUCGAUGUCUUGAAAUACUACGAUACACAGGGCCAACAGAAGCGGGCUUCUAAAAUGAAAAGUUUCUUCAAACGCACCAAGGGCCAAGGUGUAGUCGUCACGUCUUAUGAGAUUAUAAUACGCGAUAUCGAUUUGAUAUUAUCUCAUCAUUGGAAAUUUCUGAUCGUUGACGAGGGCCAUCGAAUUAAGAAUAUCAACUGCAAGCUAAUUCAAGAACUCAAAAGAAUCAACACCUCGAACCGUUUACUACUGACUGGAACACCGCUGCAAAACAAUUUAGCGGAAUUGUGGUCUUUGCUGAAUUUUAUCUUACCAGAGAUAUUUGCCGAUUUCGAGAUAUUCCAAAAAUGGUUUGACUUUGGUGACGCCGAACUGGAAAGCUCUUCUCAAGGUCUCAAUAAACUGAUAAACGAAGAGCUAGAGAAGAAUCUUAUUUCAAAUUUGCACACUAUCCUCAAACCUUUUUUGCUGAGAAGGCUAAAAAGUGUGGUUCUGGCGGAUUCCUUACCUCCUAAGCGCGAGUAUUUGAUCAAUUGCCAAUUGACGCCGCUCCAGCGGAAAUUCUAUAAAGGUGCUCUGAAAGGCAAACUUAAGAGGACAGUCUUCAGACAAGCUAUCAAAGAUUUCUACACUUUGAAUCAAGACCAUAUUGGACAGGUCAGCAAUAGGACCAUUCAAAGUUUUCUGGAGUGGAAAGCCAGUGAAGAGCCAGAACAAACAGAGGACAAACUUUUAGUGCAAAUGGAUCAACUUUAUCGAGACCACAUUCAUCGAGCUCUCUUGAACAAGAGUCUGCUAAACUCAAUGGUUCAGCUGCGCCAAAUCGUUGAUUCCACCCUAUUGUUUUUUUUCCCAUUCAUUGAUCCCUCGCAGCUAACGCUGGAGCUGUUGCUCAAAACGUCCGGUAAACUACAGAUCUUACAACAAUUGGUGCCACCUUUGAUUCAAAAAAAGCACAAAGUACUGAUAUUUACCCAAUUUGUGACAAUGCUUGAUCUGCUAGAAGAUUGGUGUGAACUAAACAAUAUCAAACCAUGUCGCAUCGAUGGAUCGAUGGAUAACGAAACUCGCCAAAAUCACAUUGAUGGAUUCAACGAUUUGAAAGGAUCAUUUGAUGUAUUUCUCAUUUCCACUCGUGCUGGCGGUUUAGGUAUCAACUUGACCGCCGCAGAUUCGGUCGUUCUCUUUGACAGUGAUUGGAAUCCACAAGUGGACUUACAGGCCAUGGACAGAACUCACCGUAUUGGGCAAACGGCGCCAGUUGUUGUAUAUCGGCUGUGCUGCGACAACACCGUGGAGCACGUUAUCCUGACACGAGCCUCGAGCAAACGAAGGCUAGAAAAAAUGGUUAUUCAAAUGGGGAAGUUCAGCAAUCUCAAACGGCUGGCCGGGAGUGAGCAAUCUUUUGUGAGCGGUUUGGGUGGCCAUGGACAGCGCCAUCAGACUGGCUCUAAUAAAGAGCUCAUGAAUGAGCUUUCGCAACUUCUCUUGAGCGGAGAGUCGAGUAUUGGUUUCUCCAGAGGGCUCGAUGACGGCACGCUGACGCCCGCAGAGCUGGACGAGUUGCUCGACCGCUCUCUAAAUUCUUUCAAACCGGAGCGAAUUGAGAAAGAAUGGCCCCAUAUCAGACUUUUCGAAACUACCAGCAAUGGAAAGUAA